ACAAUACUCAAUUUACCAAAAUGCCGAUGACUUCUUCCAAAAACAUUUUAUCAUUCCUUACAACAUUGGUGAAAGAUGGCGAGGACUCCAAUUACCAGCUGGGACGAAAUUCCCACUUUUCACUGGGCUGAUUACCUGGUAUUGGCUCUGAUGUUGGCAGCAUCCGGUGCCAUUGGUAUAUAUUAUGCCUGCACCGGAGGAAAACAGAAAACCGCUGGAGAGUUUUUACUCGGUGACAGGAAAAUGCAAACUUUUCCGGUUGCGAUGUCACUUCUCGCCAGCUUCUUGUCUUCGGUGACGUUGCUGGGGAUUCCUGCUGAAGUAUAUAUGAACGGUGCCGGAUAUUGGUACAUUGCUCUCUCAUUUUGCUUUGUUAUUCCGAUGGUGGUUUGGAUAUAUAUGCCGAUUUUUUAUAACCUCGGAUAUGUAUCAGCUUUUGAGUACCUGGAGAAGCGGUUUUCGCGACCUUUACGUGUGUAUGCGUUCGUUCUCUUCUGCGUCAACAUGAUGGUUUAUCUUGCCGUGGUCCUGUACGGACCAGCCAUAGCUCUCAGUGCAGUUACUCGGAUCCCCACAUGGGUAUGCAUCCUUAUCGUGGGAUCUAUUUGCACGUUUUAUACCGCCAUGGGCGGGGUGAAGGCUGUUGUCUGGACGGACACUAUGCAGCUGGUUCUCAUGUUUGGAGGAUCUAUCACAGCGUUGGCCGUAGCGGUGCACUAUGCCGGUGGCAUCACCAAUGUGGCGCUGGUCGCUAAAGAAUCUGGACGAUUAUAUGAUCUCUAUAAUUUUUCGCCGGAUCCCAAACAAAGACAUACAGUAUGGUCUGUUGUGAUCGGAGGGAUUUUCUUCUGGACGUCUGUGUAUGGUGUCAACCAGACUCAAAUCCAACGCUACCUAAGUAUUCCCACGUUACGACAAGCUCAAAACUGUCUGUGGAUUGGACUGCCAGGUUUUGUGGUUAUGCUUACAACCACUACAUGGACUGGUCUAGCGUUGUAUGUAUAUUAUCAGAACUGUGACCCGCUUUGGCAAGGACUUAUUUCCGCACCCGAUCAAAUAUUGCCAAUGUUUGCCCUGGAAACAUUAGGACAUUUACCAGGAGUAACGGGGCUGUUCGUAGUGGGCGUAUUUAGUGGCUCGUUAAGCACUAUAAGUUCUGGUGUGAGCUCUUUAGCAGCCAAUUUUCUCGAAGAUUGCUGCCGCUUAAUGCGUCCGAAUAUGACAGCACAUACACAAGCUGUUAUAUCCAAAAUUGCCGCGGUUUCCUUUGGGCUUGUGAGCAUUGCCUGUGCCUUUAUUGUGGAACAGUUGGGGCAAGUCUUAGAGUUUGCCUAUGCGUUGUUUGGAAUGAUCAGCGGACCGUUGUUGGGUGUUUUUGCGCUUGGAAUGUUUUUUCCUUGGUCCAAUAAAAACGGAGCUUUGGCUGGCUUCACGACCGGCUUGGUCCUGACUAUCUGGAUAGGACUAGGAGCUAAAAUUACCGGUCCGAUGCAUGUACAGCCCGUUCGAGGCCGGAUAAAUGAUACCGUAGCGUGUCCUGCAGUUAGACCGUAUCCAGCGAUAAUCGAUCCAUAUGAAAAUAAUGCCAACAUACUAGAUGUUUAUGAAAUGUCCUAUUUAUGGUAUGGGCCGUUUGGUUGCAGCGUUGUAAUUGUUACUGGGCUUAUUGUCAGUUUCCUAACCGGUCGUUCUCACGGGAAGCAUAUGGAUCCUCGCUUAAUGUACCCACUUUUCUACAAAUUUGCCUUCUUUCUCCCUCGAAAAUACCGAGAAAAGUUGCUUUUUGGCGUUCCCUAUUCGGAUUUAGACGGGGAUUCGAUGGGCAAUAAGGAAAGGAACGGACACGCUAUGGGUUCAUGUGUUACCAUCACCACUGGAGUGGAUAUUAUCAACAGUAGAUCUGGUGCAAAACUCGAUGACCUUUCGCAGUAUCAAACGUCGGCUUUAUAAAAACAGUCUUCUGGAGAAUUAUCUCGCUGUUUUUUAUCGAUAUGUCACGGAAAUGAUGACUUAUUAAAAAUCAUUCCAAUCCGAUCUACUCUAUCGAAGGAUUACAUGACUUUCUUGUGCUGCAAAAUACAAUAUGCUAGUAUAAAAAUAGCGUGAAAACCGACCGGCCAGCGUA